AUGUCGUCGGCGACGUCGAGCGAGACGUACCUGCACUCGCACAGCAUCACACACACGUGGACGGUGCACAACUGCGGCAAACUGCGGCUGCGCAACAAGGUCUCGCUCUGCAGCUCGCCCUUCCCGGCCCAGUGGGACGAGCCGCGCUUCCAGAUAUGGCUCACCACGGACGUCGACUACUACGGCUACGAGACGGCGUCGUGCUUCAUCGAAACCAAGAGCACACUGCAGGGCUCGUACUCCCUCGCACUCAGGGACCCCUCGGGACGGGACAUCGCGCAAGUCACGUGCAACACCAAGACGGCUGCGCGCAUCACUUGCGAAAAGAAGUGCCUUCUGGGCCUGAACGGGAGCUCGGCCAGCAGCGCCUCGGUGGCGUCCGCUGCCUGCGCCGGUGACGAUAACGACCGCUAUGCGCUCGUCGUACUCUUCAGGUUCGAGUACAUGACGGAUCGCAGCGGAGGCCAGGACGAGUGCCCGGGAAGCCCUCUGCUGGGCCAGCUGCCCGGUCUUCUGGAGAGCUCCAGUUUCGGCGACGUCGAGAUACGCGUCGGCCAGAAGAAACUGCGAGCCCACGCAGACUUGCUGGGACGGCUGUCGCCCGUGUUCUCCGCCAUGCUCACCGGCGAAACCAGCGAGGCCGUCAACCGCGUUGUGGUCAUCGAGGACCUCUCCUACGACGCCGUCCGGCAGCUGCUCGAGUUCCUCUACGCCGGCACGCUAAGUGGACUCAGCCAGAACGCGGUGGACCUGUACGUGGCGGCGGACAAGUACGGCGUGGCGUCGGUGAAGUCCGCGUGCGCGCGCCAGCUGUCCAACGCGUUGGCGCCGGACAAUGCGGUUCGCGUCUUUGAGCUGGCCGUACGACACAGCGACAAGGACCUGUGCCGGGAUGCGGCGCGCUUCAUCGACGCCCACCUGCCCGAGGUGCAGGCGUCCGACGCCUGGGAACAGCUGCUGCGCGACGACCUGAUGGCGCUGGCGCUCUUCAAGUCCGCCUCCCGGUACCAGCCCAAGCAGGGACAGGGCGUCUCUUCCGCCUCGAGCUCGACCACGGCCGUCUGA